UUCCUUUGGGACUCGCCCUAGAGCACGGAGAAGGCGGACUUUUCGGUUUCCCGCCUUGCCAAGUGGCGGGGCCCCACUAGGCCUCAUAGCAUCCCCGGCCUCGAGUAGGCCCGUCUGCCGGCCAGGGCGCCCCAAAGGCGGGAGUCGCCAUGUCGCUGGUUGCAUACGCCAGCAGCGAGGAGAGUGAGCCGGAUGAGGCUGAGCCGGAGCCAGAGGAGGAGGAGGAGGAGGAGGAGGAGGAGGAGGAGGAGGAAACGGCAGCCCCGACAUCUGGGCACCAUUUGGGGGGCAUGUUCGCUUCUCUCCCUGCGCCCAAGGGUCAGGCCUUGCUGCCCCCGCCGCCCCAGAUGUUGGCCCCCCAGUUCCCCCCGCCGCUGCUGCUGCCUCCACCCGCCGGGGACCCCCGGCUCCAGCCGCUUCCCCCUUUGCCCUUCGGCCUGGGAGGCUUUCCCCCACCUCCAGGCGUGAACCCGGCAGAAACGGGGGAGGGCUUGGGCUUGGGUCUGCCUGCACCCCGAGGCCCCGGGCUCAGCCUACCCCCUCCAGUCGGUGGUGCCGGCCCCCCAUUGGGUCUCCCCAAGCCAAAGAAGAGGACUGAGCCCGUGAAGAUCGCGGUGCCGGAGCUACAUCAAGGGGAUUCAGAUUCUGAGGAAGAUGAGCCCACAAAGAAGAAAACUGUCCUUCAGGGAUCCAGUGAGGGGACUGGUCUUUCUGCCUUGCUCCCCCAACCUAAAAACCUGACUGUGAAAGAGACUAAUCGGCUGCUCCUGCCCCAUGCCUUCUCCCGGAAGCCCUCUGAUGCCUCCCAGGACUCGAAGCCCCCCAGACAGGCCUCAAAGACCAAGCCCUCCUCACUGGCCCCUGUGGUGGGGACCACGACCACCACCCCAUCGCCCUCGGCCAUCAAGGCUGCUGCCAAGAGCGCUGCUCUGCAGGUGACCAGGCAGAUCGCACAGGAGGAGGACGACAGCGACGAGGAAGUGGCCCCUGAGAACUUUUUCUCCCUCCCUGACAAGGCUGAGUCGCCUGCAGUCGAGCCAUAUCCUUACCCCAUGUCCACUGACCCCGAAGAGCUGCCUCCAGGCACAGAGCCAGAGCCGGCCUUCCAGGACGAUGCAGCCAAUGCUCCCCUUGAAUUCAAGAUGGUGGCAGGCUCGAGUGGGGCCCCUUGGAUGCCCAAGCCUGGGGAAGACUACAGCUAUGAUCAGUUUUCCACAUAUGGCGACACCAAUGCCUCUGGUGCUUAUUAUCAGGAUUAUUACAGUGGUGGCUACUACCCUGUCCAGGACCCGUCCCUGGCUCCCCCACAGGAAAUCGCCCCAGAUGCCUCCUUCAUUGAUGACGAAGCAUUUAAGCGGCUGCAGGGCAAGAGGAACCGAGGGCGGGAAGAGAUCAACUUUGUGGAGAUCAAAGGUGAUGACCAGCUCAGUGGGGCCCAGCAGUGGAUGACUAAGUCCCUGACAGAAGAGAAAUCCAUGAAGUCAUUCAGCAAAAGGAAAGGAGAACAGCCAACAGGCCAACAGCGGAGGAAACACCAGAUCACGUAUUUGAUCCAUCAGGCUAAGGAGCGGGAGCUGGAACUGAAGAAUACCUGGUCAGAGAACAAGCUCAGCCGCCGGCAGACCCAAGCCAAGUACGGAUUCUAGGCCUUCUGCUCCGAGCCCAGGAUCUCAAUCACGGAGGAUCGGCCCUCGCCUCUGCGAGAACGAACAUAUUUGAUAGAUUUUUCUUAACAAACAUUAGAGCAUCAGCUCCUUCCUGUCCGGAGUUCACAGGGACUGGGGAUGAUGCCU